AUGGGUGCUGGCAUUGCGCAAGUGCUUGCCGAUGUUGGCAAGUACAAUGUGACGCUCUCCGAUGUCUCUGACAAGGCACUCGCGAACGGACAGUCGAUCAUUUCCAAGUCCUUGAGCCGCCUUGCCAAGAAGAAGAUGGCAGACAAGUCUUCUGAGGAGCAGGCACAGUACGUGAAGAGUAUCGUGGACUCGAUCAACGUUACCACGGACGCUUCCAAUGCUGUGAAGGACACGGACUUGGUUAUUGAGGCGAUCAUCGAGAAUGUCCAGAUCAAGCAAGAUCUCUUUUCGUUCGUCGACGCCAAAGCCCCCAAGGACGCGAUCUUUGCUAGCAACACGAGCUCAUUGAGCAUUGCCGAUGUUGCCAAGUCGACCCAGCGCGAGUCGCAGUUUGGUGGUUUCCACGCAUUCAACCCCGUGCCGCAGAUGAAGCUGAUCGAGGUUGUCCGUAUCCCUGCCACCAGCGAUGAGACGCACGCUACGUUGGUCCAGGUUGCCAAAAAGAUGGGCAAGGUCCCCAUUACCUGCAUCGACUCCCCUGGCUUCGUAGUCAACCGCCUCCUGGUCCCCUACCAGCUCGAAGCGAUCCGCCUUGUGGAACGCGGUGUUGCCAGCUCAGAGGACGUCGACAUUGCGAUGAAGCUCGGUGCCGGUUACCCGAUGGGUCCCUUUGAGCUUGCUGACCUCGUCGGCCUCGACACGCUCGAUUACAUUGCCGAGGGCUGGCGCGACACGGUCGGUGGCAGCGAGCACAUGCCCGCUGACUAUGUGAAGCAGAGCGCCUUGCUGAGAAACCUGAUCAAGGAAGGCAAGCUCGGCCGCAAGACCCCUGAGAAGGGUGGUUUCUACCAAUACAACAAGAAGUAG